GGAGAAGAGACGCACAGUUCUCAACUGAUUUCGCAUGGUUAAGAACGUGUAGACGUCACUUUUUUUUUGGGCGAAAAAUUCCCGAAUUUUUUGUAGAUCAAACCGUAAUGGGACAGCCAGGCAACACGUGCCUAUGCCGAUUUCAGUUUUUUCAACGAGUCUCUCUCAUUUUCGUCGGUUUUUUUUUGAAAAUGUGGUUUUUGGGUCAAUUGAGAACGUUUUUUUUUAUCAUAAAACCCGUAAAAUUAUAUAUUUUUAGAUCCCCACUUACGAACAAAGUGACUGACUUUAGAAAGUUUAACAAAUUGAACGAUAAUAAAAAAUUCAAUUGAAAGCCCCGAAAAACCCAUAAAAAAUAACCGACAAAAAUGAGAGGAACUCGCUGAACAUCUGAAAUCGGCAGGAAAUAAUGAUCUACAAAUCUCGUAAAUACACACAGAUCUCGUAAAUCGACACAUGGCGUCUCUGGCGCGAAAAUUCGGUGUUUGAAAAAGCAAAUCGAAUAAAAUUCGUGACUUCAAGCUGAAUUUUUUCACAUAAAAAUUCGGAAAAUAGAAUCACGAUUUCGGCUUCCCACACCCUCCUAAAAGCUUUCCAUUAGCCAAAAUCCACCCUUCUCUCUCUCUCCAGAAAAAGUACAUCUGCUUAUCAAGACAAGGUAUCGAGAAACAAAAAAAACGAGUGCAGCAGUGUCUCAUCCGGACCGUACUGUGUGUAUCUCAUCGUCUCCACACUUUCACUACGCGUGACCCGCAUUUUCUACAGUGGCCUUCGAACAAUGCAUCAUUUUAUUCACUCGGUUCUUGUCGUGAUGUUCCUCAACUCAUUCGUCCUAUUUGUUGCGGCGUGUAUGAAGACGAUUCCAACUGAGGCGGCGAGUAUUUCUGCACAGUUGGACAACGUUCCGUUACGAAGAAUGCCAGUGCUGAAUGCACAAGAUGACUAUUCGUCUCAUAUCCAACAAUUCCGUCAGGCUAAAACGUUCCCGUCACCACAGCCUACUGAACCACUGGCAACGGUGGAUUCGGCAGCUGCAUCGGCAGCUUCAGCUUCAACUACAGACAAGACUGUUGACCCGCCAAGAAUAUCCAACAGAGAACCGUCUCAUGCUAAGACUUUCGCGGUGAAAACAGACACAAGGAGUGAAAAAUCCAAAAUUGAAGAGAAGACAAGCCGAGACGAAGGGAGCAAUAAUGUGCACAAUGAUCGCGAUUUGUUCGAAGCACUUCAAGUUGAGAAACCAGACAUUUGUGGCUCUUGUCCGCCAAUUUGGAUGAAAAACACUGCAGAAAUGAAGGAUAUCUGUUCGAAUCACGAGUCCGUCUCCGCGUUCUUUUCUAUGACAAUGGACAGGAGAGAUGCACAGAAUGUGGUGGAUAGUAGUGAUGUGAAGGAAUGCACAAGGACAAUUGUAUGCUCAGAGCCUCAUAUGCUUGUUAAAUGGCACGAAUCCGAACUCUGCGACGUACAUGCUCCAUCAACCGGAUCUCUGAUUUCUGAUAUUUCGAAUACUUUCAUUUACAAGUGCAAUGGAACCCAAUGGACAUUACACGGUUUCCCACUUUCCAGUGUUGUUUGUGCAGUUGGAGCGAGCUAACUAGGCCACUUUCAACGUCGUAAAAUCAUCAUUCCCACCACACCAUUUUCGGGUUAAUCUCCUUCCGUUUCUCAUUUUUAAUGAAAAAAAAUUGUUUUUUUUUCU